AGAUGGCUAUGACAUAGUCCAAAAAAGACGAAACAGAAGAUUUCCAGCUUACAUAAUAAAAAAGGAGGUUAUGUUGAUAUUUUGUUAUGGUUUUAUGAUGUGCAAAAGGGAAUAGCUUUUUUUAAAUAUUUUUAAAGAAAUUAGUAUAUUAUAUCAUUAAGUUUAAUAUGUCGGAACGAGAGGAUAAGGUAAACAAUUAUUAUAGUCCGUUCGCUAAACUCCGACACAACUGGCUAGUGAUUUUAAGUCUUAUUAUAUUUGGAAGGGAUGUCUCCAAAAUACCUUGUUUUCGUAACAGUUUGGUCUAUGGAAUUGGAGGUGGACUUUUUUGUGGAUUAUUUAGAUUUAUGUUUACAAGUCAUACACUAAAAUCUGUAAACUUCUCUGUUUAUUCAUUUUCUUUUAUAACUCUAGGCUGUUGGAUUCAGUGCCGAUAUAAUUAUUCAAAAACUAAGUUUGAAAUGAUGCGUUUACAGGAAAUGUUACAAAACCAUGCAAUAUUAGAAGGCACACAGGAAGCAGAAAUCAUAGAAAAGGAAUUAGGAACAAGACCAGUAGAUGUGUAACUAUGUUAUUGUUAAUAUAGAUAGUUUUAGUUUAUUGUUUUACUAAUAUAAAGAAUGUUAAAGACUG